CAUGGUGCUCCUCUCCAAGAUCAGCGAGGACGCCAUCGUGGAGAACCUCAAGAAGCGGUUCAUGGAUGACUUCAUCUUUACCUACAUUGGCCCAGUCCUGAUUUCUGUUAACCCCUUCAAGCAGCUGCCAUACUUCACUGACCGCGAGAUCGACAUGUACCAGGGCGCGGCCCAGUAUGAAAACCCUCCCCACAUAUAUGCGCUGGCCGACAGCAUGUACCGCAACAUGCUGAUCGACGGGGAGAAGCAGUGCGUCAUCAUCAGUGGGGAAAGUGGGGCGGGCAAGACGGUGGCAGCCAAGUUCAUCAUGAGCUACAUCUCCAAAGUGUCCGGAGGCAGCCUCCAAGUUCAGCAUGUGAAGGAUAUUAUCUUGAAGUCCAACCCGCUCCUGGAGGCGUUUGGGAAUGCCAAGACAGUGCGGAACAACAAUUCCAGUCGAUUUGGCAAGUAUUUUGAGAUCCAGUUCAGCCGUGGCGGAGAACCAGACGGAGGCAAGAUCUUCAACUUCCUGCUGGAGAAAUCCCGCGUGGUUAACCAGAACGCAGGAGAGAGAAACUUCCACAUUUAUUACCAGCUGCUGGAGGGAGCCAGUCCGGAGCAGCGGGAAGAGCUGGGCAUCACCAGUCCCGACUAUUACUACUACCUCAACCAGUCGGCGGCCUACAAGGUGGACGACCUGGAUGACCGCCAGGAGUUCCAGGAGACUUUGGCAGCCAUGGAGGUGGUGGGGCUCUCGGGGGAAGAGCAGGCCUUGGUGCUGCAGAUGGUGGCCGGCAUCCUGCACCUGGGCAACAUCACCUUCCGGGAGUCGGGCAACUACGCCGUGGUGGAGAGCGAGGACUUCCUGGCGUUCCCUGCCUACCUCCUGGCCAUCGACCAGCAGCGCCUCAGGGAGAAGCUGACCAGCCGCAAGAUGGACAGCAGGUGGGGCGGGAGGCAGGAGGUCAUCGACGUGACGCUGAACGUGGAGCAGGCCAGCUUCACCCGCGACGCCCUGUCCAAGGCCCUCUACACCCGCCUCUUCGACUACCUGGUGGACGCCGUCAACAAAGCCAUGCAGAAGGACCACCAGGAGUUCAGCAUUGGUGUCCUGGACAUCUACGGCUUUGAGAUCUUCCAGAAGAACGGCUUUGAACAGUUCUGCAUCAAUUUCGUGAACGAGAAGCUGCAGCAGAUCUUCAUUGAGCUGACGCUUAAGGCGGAACAGGAAGAGUACGUCCAGGAGGGCAUCCGAUGGAGCCCCAUCGACUACUUCAACAACAAGGUGGUGUGUGACCUCAUUGAGAACAAAGUGAACCCCCCCGGGAUCAUGAGCAUCUUGGACGACGUGUGCGCCACGAUGCACGCCAAGGGCGAGGGGGCGGACCACACGCUGCUGCAGAAGCUUCAGUCCGCGCUCGGCACCCACGCCCACUUCAACAGCUGGAACAAGGGCUUCGUCAUCCACCAUUAUGCGGGCAAGGUUUCGUACGACGCAGAUGGCUUCUGCGAACGGAACCGCGACGUCCUUUUUGCUGACCUCAUCGAGCUGAUGCAGAGCAGCGAGAUACCCUUCAUUCGUGAGCUCUUUCCUGAGAACCUCAACGCAGAGAAGAAGGGGCGCCCCACCACCGCUGGCAGCAAGAUCAAGAAACAAGCCAACAGCCUCGUGGACACGCUGAUGAAGUGCACCCCCCACUACAUCCGGUGCAUCAAGCCGAACGAGACCAAGCGGCCCCGCGACUGGGAGGAGAGCAGGGUCAAGCACCAGGUGGAGUACCUGGGCCUGCGGGAGAACAUCCGUGUGCGCCGAGCUGGCUAUGCAUACCGGCGCAUCUUCCAGAAGUUCCUCCACAGGUACGCCAUCCUCACCCCGGAGACGUGGCCUUCCUGGCGGGGGGAUGAAAGGCAGGGCGUGGUGCACCUGAUGAAGUCGGUCAACAUGGACCCCGACCAGUACCAGCUGGGCCACACUAAGGUCUUCAUCAAGGCCCCGGAAUCGCUGUUCCUGCUGGAGGAGAUGCGGGAGCGGCGUUACGACGGCUACGCCCGCGUCAUCCAGAAGGCCUGGCGCAAGCACGUGGCCGUCCGGAAGUACAUCCAGAUGCGGGAGGAAGCUUCCAACAUCGUCUUGAACAAGAAGGAGCGGCGCCGGAACAGCAUCAACCGCAACUUCAUGGGCGACUACAUCGGCCUGGAGAGCUGCCCCGAGCUGCGGCGGUUCGUCGGCCGGCGGGAGCGCGUCGACUUCGCCGAGACGGUGGUCAAGUACGACCGGCGCUUCAAGACGGUGAAGCGAGACCUGAUCCUGACCCCGAAAUUCCUCUACCUGAUCGGCCGUGAGAAGGUCAAGCAAGGGCCGGAUAAAGGGGCCGUGAGGGAAGUCCUGAAGCGGCAGAUUGAGGUGGAGCGGAUCCAGUCGGUGUCCCUGAGCACCCUGCAGGACGACUUCAUCAUCCUGCACGAGCCCCAUUACGACAGUGUCCUGGAGUCCGUCUUCAAGACGGAGCUGCUGAGUUUGCUCUGCAGGCGCUAUGAGGAGAAGACACAGAAGCAGCUGCCGGUCAAGUUCAGCAACCAGCUGGAGUUCAAGGUGAAGAAGGACGGCUGGGGGCCCUGGGGCGCCGCCGGCUCCCGGCAGAUACAGUUCCAGAUCUGCCAAGGGGACGUGGCUCUGCUGCGCAACAACGGCAAGGUGCUGGUGGUCAGCAUCGGGCCUGGCCUGCCCCGAAACGCCCGGCCGACCCGGAAAGACACCAGGAAGAGCCGCUGCCAGGGCGGGGGCACCACCUUGGGCUGGAGCACCCCCAGCAGUGCAGGCUCGAAGUGGGGUGCCCGUGGUGGCGGCGGCGGCGGCACGGGGGCGCACCCCCCCUUCCAGCACCGCCUCUCCAUGACCAGGCAGACCAGCACGGAGCAGCCCAGCCUGCCCCGCCAGGGCGCCAGUCCCAGGGCCAGGGCCUUCCCGGCACCACUCAACCUGGAUUUCAUGAAUGUCCCCGACCAAGGAGUAGCUGGACCCUUCCGGCUGGUGGCACGGCCGCAUCCGUGGCAAGGAAGGCUUGUUCCCGGGAAAUUACGUGGAGAAAAUAUGAGCCAGCAGGACGCUGCUGCCGACGCUCGUCAGGAUUGCGCCGAGGGGUGGGUGGAGGCCGUCCCCCAGGGCUGCUCACCAGCUGCUCUGGACUUCUCCUUGAGGCUGGAAGACCCCAGAGCCACCCCGGAAGAAGCUGCAGGCUGCAGAAGGGCCUCCUGCCCGAGGGAGCGUCUUUGAGGCUGGCACUGGUGGGAAUCAGGUUAGCGCGAUGCCUUAAAAUCCCAAGGAAGCAGCCAGGAUGAAACACCUGCCUUCCCUUCUGUUGUGAAAGGACACAUGAUGUUUAUUUUGCCUAUUAACAGUGUCCCACUACCUUAAAAGCCAUGGCAGCAAAUGCUUGUCCGCCAGAUGUCUGAGAUCAGGCGUACAGAGACAAGCCUGGCUUUUACUUGUACUCGUGGCAGAGUCUAUCUGUUAUCAAAAUAGUGCCAAGCCCAAGCUGCUAGACGAAAAAUGGGUUUCAUAAGAGAAGUUUUAAAAAGCCUUUAGCCAACGCUGGCAAAAAAAUAAAUUAUUUUCUCU